AAAUCGAGCAAUAAAUACAAAAAGAAAGUGCGGCACCCUUUCACCGUGAAAACUUCGCGCAAAGCGUAUAAUAGCUAAGUCAAUUACUCGUGAAAAGAGCUAAGACCAAGAUAGGCGCGUUCGCGGGAGAUUGGAAAUGCGUCAAAGGCUGGGCAAAUACCCGAGGAAUCCUCUAUGCUAUUUUUCCACGCGAAGCCACAAACUGCCGUCACGACCUUCGCUCUCGGCCUCGACGUCACAAAGUACCUACGGCAUUUUCUAGAUGCUCUUUUUCUCUAUCGCGAUUCCAUAAUAAUAAGAAUAUUAUAUAGGGUGGCCUAGAUUUUCGUUUACGGUAAUCGAAAAAUUGCUUUUCUGCAGAAAAAGUGUGUAUCCUCUGAAGGAAUUAAUGUUACAUUGACCUCAAGUGUGUAAACUGAUGGAUGUGCUUAGUCGCUUAAAACACGCGCGAUUAAAGUCUCGGUUAUGACUACCGUUAUUACAUGCGACUGUAUACUGUGACCAACGCAUCGAGUGACUUGGCACCUUCUCUAUUUAUGCUUUUAUAUAAACGUCGUGAUGCACCAGUACAGUUAUAGUUUAAUAAGAUUAGAGUAAUUCAGCUUUCACAUAAAUUGAUCGCGUGAUUAAUUUAUAACACUCCUUGAAGUAUACCUUAAUUUUCUGAUGAUUUACGUUAUUAACAACAGCUGUUGAAUCGCUGCUAAAUCACUACGAUGAUUUACUGCUACAUCUACAGGAUUCUGUGUUACAUUAUAGUAAUCGUUAAAUAAGAAGGUGUAUUAUGAUUGAAAUUAAGUUCGAUUCCCAGGCUCAAUUUAAAAUUAAUUUUUUAAACCGACAAAUCGCACGGCUGACAGUCCGCUGGCAGCCAUACAGCGUCUCAACACUAUGCCAAUUGUUCCGGCAGCAAUGCGCGUAUUCUAGAUUGAGCCUUUUGUACUUGAAACUAUUCGGUAAUUGAUCGAAUCCACGAGGCGUGAUGGUUACCAGAGACUCAAUUCGGACUAAUUCGUAAAUUUCUCAUCAUUCAAACCAUACGAGUCUUGAAUUACCUUCAAUUGCAUAACUCCGCCGACUGAUCGUUUCUUCCCAAUAACACACAAUACGAAUCUCCCACCAGGAAGCAUCGAUAUCGCUCGAUUUCCAUAAUCCGAAUCCAAAACUAAACUCCCACCUCCUGUCACACAGCAUCGUGGUACUCCCACCUAUAAAUACACACCAACGCAAAAUAAAAAACACGAUCAUCAUCAUCAUAGGGUCACCUCCGCGCGCCGCCAACAUCGGCUCUUCCUGAAUCGAUCUCCGCAUACGCACACUCACCUAUAUACCCCACGCGGAUCCGAUCGAUCUGAAAAAAGAAAAAAUCGACUGCCGACCACAAUAUACCGGUUACGCAAUAUAUGACAACUCGAUCGGCGCGCCUCUCGCGCAUAAUGCGCCUCGUGAGCGACUAUAUGGGCAUUAAUCUCGUUAAUUGGAAGCGGGCCAUCGCGGAAGCAUAUCUGCUGCCAGAAAAGGACCGCAUAGUGGACAGUGUCCGAGUCGCGCAUCAGUAGUACGACGGACGCGCUUACGGCGGCUUGUUCGCCUUUUUAUCGAUCCUAGACGAGUGUGUAUCAAGGUACAGCUGCGUGAGAGCUCGAUUUUGUUAUACGACGACACAGCUGGCUCUGUGGAUAUUGUAACAGUUUGCGCGCGGGAUUCGGAGAGACGGGAUAGCUGAGCUUUUGGAGUCGCGUGUGAAUUGUUGAUAUAUUUUUUUUCUUCAAAUUCUUAUCACGAGCACAGACGUGCGCUUACUCUUGGAACUCUAAUCUCGCAAAUCGCUUCGCUUUCUCUCUCGCACAUCAUGCCGCGUCCCAGUCGCUACCCCCCACUCCCUCCGGUCUCCCCUGUCCAGCUGGCCCUGAUCAGCUCCCCACCACCGCGACUCGCUAGGGCCCGGGCCCUUCCCAUGUCCCCUGCUCACACUCGCUCCCUCCUCCUGGCCGCUGCACGUCCCCGUUACCCCGUCUCCUACAUCGCCGUCACUCGGACCCCUCGCGAACUAUCACUGGCCUUGAAACUCGCCACUGCCCCACGCGAACCGGGCCCGGUCAGACUCUGGACCUCCAGCCGUCACCUCGUGCCCACACCCAAGUCCCCGACCCUUGAUCGUGGUAUUCCUCUGUCCUUCGAAAAGUCCUGUCCCUGUCCUAUUUCCAGACGCUGUGGAAACUGGAAGCCAUCCCCUCCAAGGCCCAAGUACUACUCCCCACCGUAUCCAGCGCCUAGGGCCCUACCCGAGAUGCCCAUCGAGAGACUUAAUAAGGUUCUCUACUCUCCGCCGCCGGUAUACGUGCCCACCUUCGUCACUAAAGUCAACCACGCGCUGCGCAGACGCAAGUACCGCGAGCCCCUACCCGACAAUUUCUAAUUCCACUCGUUUGGGCCUUAUUCCUUAAUCUUAAGUAUCUUUGUUUGCGCUUGCUUCCGGCUGUUUUCCCGCGAGCUUCUGUCAUGCCGUGUACUGUAAACGAUUAAUUUUUUUAUAUACUUUAUCUUGUAUAGAUUCUCACUGUGUAUCACCCCUGCACCGAUCUCAGAGCGGUUGAUCCUCUGACGCAGGUAGUCGCGCGAGAGAGGCAAAGCUAUGGAUCCGCGUCAGAAGGUUAACGUGCGAAAGAUCCACAUGACCAUGUCCUUGCAAUACCUGAGACUGCUCGAUCGCUGGCUCUGGGAGCACCAAUAGUAUAGUAGACGUAUUCGAAUAUAUCCGCACACGCGCAUCCACAAAAUGCACCCCCUCACAUCAGUCGUCACAUCAUCACUAUCACCAUCACUACCACCAUCGCUCGGU